AGAGUAAGUCGCCCAGCCCAGUAUAUCUUCGCCUGGAAAAUAGAAGCCAAGGGGGAGACGAGAAAACGGGAGGAGAAAAUACAGUGUUGGCAGGAGGAGAAAGAGAAAGCUACGAUAAUGGCCGCUAAAUCGGAUGGGGUAUUGAAAAUGAAAAAGAGCGAUGUAGCUUUCACGCCUUUGCAGAAUUCGGACCACUCGGGCUCAGUACAAGGACUCGUUCCAGGAUCGCAGCCGGAUUCGGGAAUUGGGGAUGGGGACUUCGUGAAUGGGGAAUCUCGGUGCUGUGGAUCUAAAUCGACAUGUCUUCGCCUUGGCAGAGAGCAGCAAACUAAGUACACGAUAUGGGACUGUCUAUGGAUCCUCGCCGCAGUGGCGGUGUAUUUCGCCGAUGUAGGUACCGAUAUUUGGCUUUCUGUCGACUAUUACCUCCGUCGCGAGUACUGGUGGUUCGGACUCACACUAUUUUUUGUGGUGCUAGGGUCGUUCUCCGUCCAAGUCUUCAGUUUCCGAUGGUUCGUCCACGAUUUCAGCACCGAGGAGAGCUCCAAUGCCGCCGGUGCGGCAAACUGCUCAUCCCACAUGGACGGGAAGCUGCUGACCGGUUCUGCUUCACAUGGAGACGUGGGCGCCCAACCGUCCACACCUCAAAAACAGGCAUCCACCGCUAGCAAGAGCAACACCACAAGCAACAGUAACAGCAGCACGGCAACCCGGACUAAUAAGCAAAGGUCGGCGUCCUGUUCUGUCUUUAUCUGGUCUGCGCAAUCCGUCAUCCACAUCUUGCAGCUUGGACAGAUUUGGAGGUAUUUCCACGCCAUCUACCUGGGCAUCCGGAGCCGGCGCAGUGGGGACCAUGACCGCUGGAGGUUCUACUGGAGGAUGGUGUACGAGUUCGCUGACGUCAGCAUGCUGCACCUCCUGGCCACCUUCCUGGAGAGCGCUCCUCAGCUGGUCCUGCAGCUCUGCAUCAUCAUCCAGACCCACAAACUGCAGGCCGUCCAAGGAAUGACAGCGGCUGCCUCCCUUGUGUCUCUGGCCUGGGCCCUGGCAUCCUAUCAGAAAGCGCUGCGAGACUCCCGGGAUGACAAGAAGCCAAUCAGCUACCUGGCUGUCAUCAUCCAGUUCUGCUGGCAUUUCUUCACCAUCGCUGCCCGGGUCAUCACCUUCGCCCUGUUCGCCUCCGUGUUCCAGCUCUACUUCGGCAUCUUCAUCGUCCUGCAUUGGUGCUUCAUGACCUUCUGGAUAGUCCACUGCGAGACCGAGUUUUGCAUCACCAAGUGGGAGGAGAUUGUCUUCGACAUGGUAGUGGGCAUCAUCUACAUCUUCAGUUGGUUUAAUGUGAAGGAGGGUCGUACUCGGUGUCGGCUCUUCAUCUACUACUUUGUGAUCCUGCUGGAGAACACUGCUCUGAGUGCCCUGUGGUACCUGUACCGCGUCCCUCAGAGCACCGACGCCUUCGCCGUCCCCGCCCUCUGUGUCAUCUUCAGCAGCUUCCUCACCGGCAUCGUCUUCAUGCUCAUGUACUACGCCUUCUUUCACCCCAACGGGCCCCGCUUCGGACACUCGCCGAGCCUCGUGCUGGACGACCCCACCGCUGCCUUCAUGCUGCCCACCGAGGGGGCCACCAACUCGCUGAGGUCCAAUCGGGGUGUGCCCCUCAUCUCGGGGGAUGGCACCAUUGGCAGAGACGCCAAAUACACUGAGAGGGACGGCUGUAUGCCCGUGUUUCAGGUGAGACCCACCGCCCCCUCCACGCCAUCCUCCCGUGCCCUACGCAUUGAGGAGACAGUCAUCAAAAUAGACCUGUGUCGGAAUCGCUAUCCGGCCUGGGAGAGGCACGUACUGGACAGGAGUAUACGCAAGGCCAUCCUGGCCAUCGACUGUUCCCCCACGCCACCCAGACUCCAGUACAAAGAUGACACUACUGUUCAGGAGCGUCUAGAGUACGAGACCACGUUGUAGCCCUGCACCGCUGCCUGGAUGAAGGAUCCAUGGAAAUGCUCAACUGUAAUAAAGGAUUACCACCAACUUGGAUUUACAGCAGGACUGUGGCAAUAAUAUGUUAUGAACUCUCUCUAUAUACAUACUAGCAUUGAACCGUGAUGUUGGUUGUCAUGGUUACAACUUCAGAAUAGAGAAAGUUGCACACUCCAUGUAUAAUUUCCCAGCAAUUCAAUGGAUAUUUACCAAUGUUUUGGCAUCACUGUGAUUUCCUCAGGCACAGGCACACUUCCUCACCCUGAGGAUGGCACAGUGAUGCCAAAACGUUGGUAAAUACCCAUUCAAUUGCUGGGAGAUUAUACAUGGAGGGUGAAACUUUCUUUAUUUUAAUAGUUUAUAGUUUAUUCGCCAUUCGUCAGCACCUCCACAUAAACUAUUAUUCGGGGUGUGCGUGCACCAGCUGUUUUUAUUGUGUUUUUUUUUUUUUACAACUUCAGAAUAGGCACAACUUACUAGUUGAUGUGACAGAGGGAUAUAUUCAUGUUUUCUAAACAGUUUUUUUAAUUUAUUUUUUAUUUGGUUGAUGUUGUUGUUAUUGUUCUUGUAGUUUUUACUUACCUCUGUCAGGGAAUCUCUUAUUUAAUAAAAGUCCACUGCACACACAAAUACAAAUCCCCAUAGUCUGUCAUAAUAACAGCAGCAUUCCAAUGAAUGACAUCAUGCCCUUCAUAAUAGGUGGGUUAUGAAGGUUCAUAAUAGGUUAUAACAGGUCGUUAUGAAGGUUGUCUGAGCUCUGCCAACCAGGUGGAACCAAGCAGAGGACCAUACAAAUCCUCAUAUGACAAAAGUACCAAAGUACUCUAUAUAGGGUCAUUGCUGGUUCCUGUUUACCUACGGCAUCUCAAAAAUCUGCAAUCAUCUCUACUACCACCAUCUUAGAUCUGCAAAGAUAGACUGUACAUUUACAGAUACUAGUAGUAUCCCCUGAUAUACAGUGGACGUGUUAUUGAUUUUUUUAAAAAGGUCAUCAAAUGGUCCUGAUACAUAUUAGGAUGGUUCUAGUUACAGUGGGCAAAAAAAAUUUUUAGUCAGCCACCAAUUGUGCAAGUUCUCCCACUUAAAAAGAUGAGAGAGGCCUGUAAUUUUCAUCAUAGGUACACUUAAGCUAUGACAGACAAAAUGAGAGAGAAAAAAUCCCGAAAAUCAAAUUUAUUUGCAAAUUAUGGUGGAAAAUAAGUAUUUGGUCAAUUACAAAAGUUUAUCUCAAUACUUUAUUAUAUACCCUUUGUUGGCAAUGACAGAGGUCAAAUGUUUUCUGUAAGUCUUCACAAGGUUUUUCAAGGUGGCUGACUAAAUACUUUUUUGCCCCACUGUAUUUCUGUGAUGUAAUUAGCAACAUGACUAGAGAGUUGUCUGUCAUAUUGUACACGUGUACUGGUCCCAAGUUCUGAUGUCAUCAGCCAUGUUGUGCUUGUGCCAAAAGGUCUGAAACUACUGGAUUGUGUGAACUGAGUCUGCAGGUCGGUGGCUGUGACAGCGCCAGUAACUGGACAGUACUAGAUUGAGGCUGGGCAGAACUACUAUUUACUUGAAUACAAUGUUGAAGAAAGAGUACUGUACCCGGGUAUCAUGCUGUUUAUAUGCUACAUAAAACCGAAAUGUUCAUGUACUGUGGAGAGACUGAAGGACAAACCUCAUCUUUGUUCUCGCCUUGAUAAAAGGCACCAGGCCAAAUACCUUCCUGGCAGCUCCCAUUUACAGUCCAGCCUCGUGCAGCUCUGGUCUGGGCUGCUGUGCGUCCAUCCGGCUGAUAAGGAUCAGUCUACUAGCUGGGCCACACAGACCUGUUCUGUAUGGGGAGGAGGAGAGGAGAGGAAGAGACGGGGACACAGACGAACAGCCACUUCAGCCAAACUACUCUCAUACCUGAAGCACCUGCAGGAUGUACUAUCAGAUUCAAGAUGCAACAUUCUUUUUAACGUUGUACGUAACUGAUGUGAAAAUUUUAUUGCCAUCCGUGCGUGUUG